GAGAGAAGUCAAACAAACAGGGUAGUCCCUGGGGCACGACGAAGAGCAUUGGAAACGAUUCGAAACAAUAGCAGCGAUUGGGAUUCGAAAAGAAGAGGAGGAAGAAGGCGAGUAACGAGAAAGAGGAUAAAGAUGUCGAACCAGGAGGAGAAGCCACAACGUUGGUCGUUGACGAAGGUAACGCCACGAUCACAUCUCGCCACUACCGACUUUACACGUUGGAGCUGCAUAAAUCUCUUGGGGUGCGAUCUCUCAUGA